AAAAAGAGGAGUCUUGGGGCCUUGGGGAAGAGUCAACUAUUCUCCUCUUCAAGCUUGUGAAAAGCCUUCUUCUAUCCAUUGUCUCAUCUCUCUCUCUCCUUCUCCCUGACUUUCCAUUAAAAAUCACUUUGCGAACAAAAUGUUCAGGAUACUCCUGUUCUUGACCCUUUUGAAAGGGUUCCAAUCCACCUCUUCCGUGUGCCCAUCCCGUUGCACCUGCAAACACAUCAAACCACAAGCAGAAUGGCGGAAAGUUGUUUGCAAGGAUGACAUACAAGAGAUUAAAGAAAUUGACUUUAGGGACGUUAGCGUUGAGAUGCUGCACUUGGAUUUAAGUAAAAAUGAUAUAUCAAUAAUCAGGGUGGAUAGUUUCAAAAAUUUGUCAAACUUGAAACGUUUGAAUCUUUCUGUCAACAAGAUAACAGUGUUAGACGAGGGGAUCUUUGAGGGCUUGGAAAACUUGGAGAGACUAGAUUUGAGCAAGAAUUUUAUUUCAUCGAUCGACUCUAACACCUUUAAGACAUUAAUCAACUUGAAAAGACUCGAUUUAUCAAAUAAUGCUGUAGCCACGUUAGAGGUGACGAUAUUUCACGGUUUAUUGGCUUUAGAUCAUUUAAAAUUAAAUGGCAAUAAACUCCAAACGUUGAAAGAAGGCACCUUUCACAGUCUGUCGCUGCUGAGGCAAUUAGACGUCUCUGCCAACCCUUGGGACUGUGAUUGCAAUUUAUUUUGGUUCAGCUAUUGGAUCCAAAACAAUUCGGUCAAGUUAAACCCGGCACCAGAGUGCGAUUCCCCGCAAAGUCUGAGAGGCAAGUUUGUGAAAAAAUUACGAGUGCUCAAGGAAUACGAGUGCAAAUGGUCGACCCCCACGAUCGAGAUAGUACCGGAUCAGAACCAAGUGGUCUUUGCCGGCGACAUCAUAACACUCAAGUGCCGAGCACCCAGUGUCACGAACGACAAGUUCGCCAAGAUCAAUUGGCUCUGGAAUUCAAACAUCACUGCCGAUAUUUUGGAUUUGGAUUUUUACAACAAUCCCCAGAACAAUUUCAACGACGUUAGAGUCGAGAACAAGUAUCUCGACGACAGCGGCAUUGUUGCGAGCUCACUGAGCAUCGAUCCGGUAAAAGAGGAGCACAACGGACAGUGGAAUUGCCUUCUCGUCUCGGCGUAUGGAAACACAUCGCGGGCCAUCAACGUUAUCGUCAUAUCCAACCGCACCCAGUACUGCCCCUUGGCGAUAACGCGAAGUAACAAAGGGGUAUACGCCUGGCCACGGACAGUCAUAGGCUGGAAGGUGGAGCUGCCGUGCGAGGCCUUCGGAUCGUCCCAGCCGUGGCCACGAGCCUCUUACGAAUGCAACAGCACCGGGCACUGGGAGAAUCUAAACACCGAGCAGUGCCCCUACGUGUCGGCCACGACGAAAAUACUCGAGCAAUUCUCGACGGUGAACAUAUCGUUGACCAAGCCGUCGUUGCCCAAGGGAUCGCUGCUGGAGACGAUAAAAAAAUUGAAAAACAUCACGGGCGAGGGGGCUUCCCUGACCGAUCCCGUGGAGGUGCACUUUGUAGCUCAGAUCUUGGAGAAUUACGCGAGCUACCUGGUCGAGGAGAAGGAGCUCGGCUCGAUGCUGAUAGACGUGGUGAACGUUCUCUUGAAUCUGCCAAAGUCGAUGCUCAAAGCGGCGGAAAUCGGGCACAAGGCGUGCACGAGGCUGCUGAAGACGAUAGAGCUGAUAGUCGAGGUGACCCCGCCGAGCCAGCUGAUACAACUGUACAAGAAGAACAUGGCUCUCGAGGAGUACCGGGUCAGGGCUGACAGCUUUGCCGGCUUGACCUGCACCUGGUACAGCAGCACCGAGAACGCGUUUGUCAAGAUGUUGCACUGCUCGAUGAGCAACAAGACCGCGAUUGUCAACGCGAAUGGGGAAACUGUCAUCGAAGCUUCCAUACAUUUGCCAGCCACGCUGUUUAGGGGCGUGAAAAGCAGUGCGGACAACAAUCAGCUCAUGGUGUCCAUGUACACGGAUAACAAGCUCUUCCCAAAAGUCAACGAUACGGAAAAGAAUGACGUCACGUCGAGCAUCGCUGGCAGUAAACUAAUCGGGACAGCCGUUGAAAAUCUUACCGAGCCUGUUUACGUCAUGCUUAAGGCACCAUUGAUGUACUACAGCAACAGCAAGCCGAUACCAGUCGUUUGGGACGCGACUCUAAACAACAACACUGGUGGCUGGACCAAUCAGGGCUGUUACUUGUCAAACUUCAUCAAUAAUUUUAUCAUCUUUAGCUGUGACAGACUGGGUUAUUACGGACUGCUUCAGGACACAUCGUUUCUCAGCGAGGAUGGAAAAACUUUUACGGGUGCACAGUUCAGAUACUCGAAUCCAGCGAUAUACGUGGGCAGUUUCAUAUUAGUACUGUGUCUGAUCGUCACGACCGUGACCUACGUCUGCUGUUACGCAUCCAUAGCCAUGCCGAAGAAAGCCAAACAUUGCGUGAUCAACACCUGGAUAGCCAUAGCUCUUCUUUGUUUUUUGUACAGCUCGGGUAUACAACAAACCGAGAACGUCGAGAUUUGCCAAGGCGUCGGUAUCAGUUUGCACUACCUGACGCUGUGCUGUUUGCUCUGGAUGACCGUUUCGGCAAGCAACAUGUACAAGCGCCUGUCCAAAUCGAUGAUGGACCCGAUAGCGGACGACGACGAGCUGCGCGAGCAGCCGAUCCGCAAGCCGAUCCUCGGUCUGUACCUCGCCGGUUGGGGUAUAGCGCUGAUAAUCUGCGGUAUCUCGGGCUCCAUAAACCUGCGCGAGUACGCUGGCUACUCCCACUGCUUCCUCACGACGGCACCCUCGCUGGCCGCCCUCUUUGUUCCAGCUGCGGUGCUUUUGAUCUAUUUGACGGUCUUGCACAUGCUGAUUAGGUGUACGAUUCGCAACGUAGACCUGAACGGGCAGCUGUCGGAGGGCACGCAAGCCACGGAGAACGUCGAUCUCGAGCUGCUCGAGCCAAAUCCAAAUCCCAGCUCGGACAGGAUAAGCUUGCACAGCUCGCAGACCGUAUCGUCCGAGGUCGAGGACCAGGAGCACUCGCAGAUGACGCAGCUCAAGGGCUUGAUCGUCGUCAUGAUUCUCUACCUGAUAUCUUGGCUGUGCGCUGCGAUGACGACGGCCAACCUGCUCGACAUGUACAUACCGUACAAGGAGACCAUAUUCGCGGUACUUUAUGCCGUGUCCUCGAGCUCCUUGGGUAUGUUUGUACUUUUGUUUUACGGGAUAGCACGCAGCGACGUGAGGACCCAGUGGCUGAGGAUGAGGUGCUGGCUGAAGCAAAAGAAGAAUCGUUGCUGCAGAACGAGAAACGUGUCGGACGCGAAUCCGGCCAUUCCCACGCAGCCGCUCGUUCCACUGACUGCUCCCCCUGUCCUGUCGAAUUCCCAGGCAACGCAAGUGACCUCGGACGCGAACUCGCUCGGCUCGUCUCGUCACACGCACAAGUCCCACAGCAGCUGCAACACGUCCAAGCUCACGUCCAACGACGCGAGUCGCAGCAGCCACGUCGCCAAACCGAAUCUUCUGAUGCUGCACCGUCAGCAGUACCGUUCCAACAACUCGGUCACUACGUACAACACCGAGUCGGCCCCGGCCUCCGUCGAGAUGUUCUACAACCCGCACCAGAGCGGCGUAGCGCGCAAGUUCUUCAAGAAACAACGACGCAGCAUGAACAAGAACAGCAACCUGGGACCUCGUAAACAGGGCGACGGCGGUGCGACGAGCGACAACGGGAGCUGCGUGAGCGUGCCGAGACGGGCCGUGGUAGUGCCCACCAGUUCCAUGACUCAGAAGCUGGAUAACGACAUCGAGCGGAGCAUACUGAGCACGAGCGCCAAGGUGAACAACACGAACAUCCACGUGGAGAUGAACCACCCGGUGAACGACGCGAAGAACGUGAACAUGCUGUCAGACAGCGGCGGCAGCGUCUCCGAGGAUCGGAAUAUCGCGCUGAGAUACGUCAUUGGUCAGGAAAGCCUCGAGAAAAGUACGAGGAAGAUCAUCAACGAGGCCGCCCCGCCUGCGGCACGCGCAGCCCAAAACGGCCCUGGCAUUGUUCACAGUCGUCGCAAGUACCAGCCGGUGAUUGCGGUGAAUCACACGACUUGUCCGUACGAGUCGGAUACUACGGAGUCGAAGAUCGAGGAAGAGGAGGAGCCGCCGGAACCGAAGCAUACGCGUAACGUGUCCCAGCAGUGCAGCCUCGAGUGCAGCUCGGAGCUCGAGUCGAUGACGCAGAUCACCAGUGAGCGGAGCGAACAUAAUCUCUCGGACAUCAGUGAAAUGGCUAUGCCGAGGUACGUUGAUGGUGUCGCGGGUAGAAGGUCGAGCGUCGACGAGACCAUCACGACGGAGAGGAACCAGAGAAUCUCGAGGCCCAGGUUUCAUCGGGAGAUGUGCAACAGUCUCAGCUCGCUACCCUUGGAUAGGUCGUCGAUGAAUUCGUCGCAAGAUAAAAGUGGCUUCCGUAACUCCCUGAACGGCGCGAUGAGCUUGGAAAGCUCGCGGGUAGCCGAUGACUUUGGCAUCAAUCAGUUCGACGACGACAGGCGGCAUCGGGAAUUGGCGUUUAUUGCUCCGGCUGCUUCCAAGACUAGAGUGAAUUCUUCCGAAGAAGAAGAGGAAGAGGAGCAAGAGGAGGAAGAGGAGAGCGAAAGCCAAGAGAACGAGUCGAACAGUGAGGCUGUACUGCCUUUGGUUGAGCACACAAAAACAUCUCCAGUGCAGGCUGGAGAAGCUCUGCAGCUUCACGAUUUUGGACAGAGAGACGAACGGGACAGCCUUCAUUAUCCCCAUCAUCACCAUUACCAGCACCAUUAUCACCACCAGCAAGGCAAAGAGGGCAGUAGAGAGGGAAGAGACGAGCCGAACGGUGCCAGAUGCAUCAGCGAUGAGAACGAGGACGACGAUCAGUCCGGGGAACCCGAAAUGAGAAACGUUAAAAAAGAAACGAGCGUGUGA